AUGGGUGAACCACCAACGGUGUCCAAAGCGAGCGGAUGGGGACAACGACUACGCGGUUGGCUGUUCGGCAUUUUCAUUAUGGGAUCGACGCUUUUUGGCACACUCUACCUGUUCAUCCCUUUCACUCCACUCAUUUUCUUCGCCCCUCGUGCAUGGAGACGAUAUGCCGACUACAUGAAUGGUCUUUGGCACUCAAUGGCUGCAGGCACCGUGCGUUUGUUAUUCGGUGUGAAAGCGCGAGUGAUUGGUGACAGGAUUGAUCCAAAUGAAAUGGCCAUCUAUAUCAUGAAUCAUCGAACAAGCUUGGAUUGGUUCUUCUUCUGGAAUGCUUUGUAUCAACAGGAUCCACUACUCAAUCAAACCGAGAAGAUCGCCUUGAAAGGAAUUGGAAAACAUUGUCCUGGAGCUGGCUGGGCCAUGCAGUGUAACAGUUUCAUCUUUUUGGAUCGAAACUUUGAAAAGGACAAAGAGAAAAUUCGGCGUCUUAUCGACUACUACGUUGGCAUCGGGAACAACUAUCAGCUUCUACUUUUCCCUGAAGGUACCGAUCGAUGCCCGAUCUCUGUGGAAAGUAACGAACGAUAUGCGGCAAAAGUGGGUCUCAAACCUUACUCUUAUGUGCUCCAUCCACGAACCACCGGAUUCACCCACAUCGUUCAGCAAAUGCGAAAAUCUGGAAAACUGAAGGCUAUCUACGAUGUGUCGGUUGGUUACAAGGAUAAAAUCGUGCAAACUGAGACGGACAUCAUUUUUGAGGGAGUCGCUCCAAAAGAAGUGCAUUUCCAGAUUGUCCGAGUACCGAUUGAUCAACUGCCACAUCAAGAUGAGGAAGUCGCUGAAUGGAUUACAAAAAGGUGGGCUGAUAAGGAAGAGAAGUUGCGACGGUUUUACGACACUCCCCGCGAUCAAACAUUUGACAAUACACCACAUGGAAAGGAGUAUGAAUUGAAACCAAACGCUGAACGAUGGAACAACAUUGCCGUGGCCACUUGGGCCAUUGCAACCUUCUCGUGGAUGUUCGGAGUUCUUCCUUUCCCGAUGCUUUCUUGGUUCUCAUUCUACGGUGUAUUGUUCUACCUCAUUGUGACUGCGGUUUAUGGAGGCGUUGAAUUCCUUGUCAUUGAAAGGUUCCGUGCUUGGAAAGCGUCCGGUGAUCAAAAAUGGGAUUGGGAUGUGGUGCCAAGGAUUUUCCAUCGAAUCUCCGAAAAAUUGCCCCUUGGCUUGUUU